AUGGAGUCGGAAGAGGGGGCGCCGCUGUGGCGGCUGCAGAAGCUCCCAGCCGAGCGGGGCCCGCAGCUUCUUCACAAAAUAAUUGAUGGCAUCUGUGGCCGUACUUAUCCUCUCUACCAGGAUUAUCAAAGUGUUUGGGAUUCCACAGAAUGGAUGCAUGUUCUGGAAGAUAUUACCAAAUUUUUCAAAGUUGUAGUGGGCAAAAAAUUAUCUGAUGAAGAGAUAUCUCAGCAAUUGAAUCAGUUGAAUUCAUCUCAUCAAGAAGCUAUCAUGAAAUGCUUGAAAAGUAGAAAAGAUGAAAUUAAGCAGACUCUGUUAAACGAAAUAGUUGAUAUUUCCUCUGCACAGCUACAGGAUUUUGAUUGGCAGUUAAAGCUUGCACUUUCCAGUGACAAAAUUGCAACAUUACAAAUGCCACUUUUAAACCUUCAUCUAGACGUAAAAGAAAAUGGUGAAGUCAAACCAUAUUCUAUCGAAAUGAGUCAAGAAGAGCUAAAGAACCUAAUAAAUUCCUUGGAAGCAGCUAAUAAGGUCAUCCUGCAGUUCAAAUAA